AUGGAUAUAUAUGUGCCGGAGAUUGCAUUAAAACAGCCUAAGGCUGAUCCUCGUACAGUGCUUUUGCGAAAAAGAAAUUAUCUCGAUUCGCCCAAGGAUUGUCCGGCAACACAACAACAACAACAAAGAUCUCAUUUUAAAAUGUCAAAUAAAACACGGCCAAAUGUUACACAGACUGGAUGUCCGGAAUGUGAUAGGCUGCUGAAUGAUCAGUCAUUACCACAAGAUUACCACAAUCACCACUCCAGUUCAUCGCCAGCAUCAGCAUCGUCCAGCUCAACCUCGUCCCGGCCAGUAUUAAGAAUAGAAUCUCAAACGGCGAAUACAAUUGAAAAUCUCAAUACCACUACAUCACAUUCCAAAUUUUUUGUUAAUUUAUAUGAAUCCUGCCAUUUAAAGCAUUUCAUGUCAUUGCAUAGCCCUAGUGCAUGUUUAGAAAAUCUGUACAAAUUCCAAAAAACAAAAUUACUACUUAUCCUAUUAUUUAUUUAUUGUGCCAUAUCAUCGCUAUACCUACCAACCACACAAGCCAUACCCGUUCGUCGUACAACCACAUCUGGUCAGCGGCUAAUUUUACACUCGAACGUCUAUCGUGAGCGUUAUCAUCAAAAUUUGCUACACGAACAGCGGCAACAUCAACAGCAUCAGCAACAAGUAUUACAGAAAUUCCAUCAGUAUCAUCACCAGCAACAGCAGCAGCAACAGCAACCGCAUCACAAAACCCAACAUCGUUAUUCGUCACAACAUUUCCAACAAGUCCAAAGACCCUCAUCGUAUUUAGCGCCCAUACUGAGAAAAGUCCAUCGUCAUCAGUUGCAACAUCAUCACUUGCAUCAACGUGCUGCCCCCAUUGCCAGCCGAUCGGCCCAAUACAAAAUGAGUAAUUGUAGAAAUGAUGACACCUUCAACAUUUUGUAUUUGCAAAUGGAUGCAACGUUGCAGUUCAUAAAGGCCGUGUGUUCCAAAUAUUUGCAAACGCGUGAAAACAAAACAUUGGAUGAAAUGAACGAUACAUGGAGAUUACUCAAUUUGGAAAUUCGAAACCCCAGACGCCAGCAAGUGACGCUUGACAAUGAGCUCCAUCAGAAAAUGCAUGACUUCUAUUUGAAUCUACACAAUUUCCAACAACUGGCCGAGUUGGUUGAUCGGGACACCAACGAUAGCAAGGUCAGCAUUGAACAUGGCGAAGGGAUUCGCGUGGGUGUUAUAUUGGAGGCUUUCCAACAUCUGAAAACCGAAAUCACACGUAAUAUGCAGGAGACGGAAGGUGUUUUGAAAGCUUUGGCCAUUGACAAGCCCAACUUGGAGGAUAAUGUUGUCGAAUUCAAUACCACGCAUGCGCGGAGAUUACGUGACUUUCUCAUUAUCAAGGAAUUCAUUGAGGAUGUGGAAAGAGUUAAAGAUUUCCUGGAACAAUUCUGUAACAAAGAUAGCAACGGUUUUAGCAGUGGCGAUGAUGAGUAAAAACGGUGGCCAAAGUAGAAAUGUUGAACAUUUAUAUAUUUGUCCAAGAGAAAAAAAAACACACAAACACACAUAUUUAUGUGGUGAAAAUGCCAUGCCUGUAGAAGGAUAAAUACAUACAUACAUAAACAUAAAUUAAAUAGUUACAAAAACAAAACUACACACUCACACACAUACACACCCAUUAGUCUUAAGUAUAUUUGAUGUUCAAUCUAAAUUAUCUGAUGACCGUAGCCAGAAAAACACACUCACACACACACUUAAAAUGAUUGUACUUAAUUUUUUUUUUUUGUUACAUUGUUUUUGGUUUUCACAAAAAAAGGACUUAAAAUGGUUUUGCCAAUGAUUUUAAAUUUUUUAUUUGUUUCAAAACAAAUUAUUUUCUUAAAUGUAUGACAAAAUUUUUAAAUUCCAAUAGGAAUUCAUCCAAUUGGAAUAUAUACAUGCCACUUGCAGGACAUAGUUAUGAGCCACAUAGUAAAUUUAUGAAAUAUAGAUGUCGCUAAGUCGGAAUUUAAAAUCAUUAAAGUAUACUCCAGAAUUUUGGAAGAUUUUAAUUGGAAAAAAAAAUGACAAGAACUGAUUUUAAGUUCCUUUACUGGCGAGGGGCUCUCAAAUUCAUUUGAAACAAAACAAUUCUCUCACACGUUUUUCGGUUUUUUAUUUAUUUGUAUUGUUAUGACCACAUCUUA